GUAAAGGUUACGUUCAUGAAGAUGGUGAAUGUAGUCAUUAUGCAAAACGUCAAGAUAUUGGUCAUAUUCCUCUUCGAGUAACCAGAGCAAAAUCAUUAUUAAAUUCAAUUAAUAAAAAUUUUGGAACUUUACCAUUUUGUCGUCGAUACCUUGAUCGUAUCGGUGAAACUAGAUAUGCAUUGGCAUUGAAGAAUUUGGUUGAUUCUGGUAUCGUUGAAUCUUAUCCUCCUUUGGUUGAUAUAAAAGGUUCCUAUACUGCUCAAUAUGAACAUACUAUUAUUUUAAGACCUACUUGUAAAGAAGUUGUUAGUCGAGGUGAUGAUUAUUAA